AGCGCUUAUUGGGAAAGCUUUGCUUCGAUUGGUCAUGUCCUUGUUAAACACUUUAUUAAUUGGAGCUCAGUGGGCUUUUUAUUUUUUACUUGAUAAUGGUAAGGAGAAGGACGCAUAUCAAACCUUAACCUCAUGGUUUCUUUGUCCAAUAUAUGCAUGCUAUGUACUUGAGAGGAAGGGGGGAAAAUUGGGGGAUACCCCCAAGUACCUUCACUUGGCAAGAUUUGAACCCCUUACCUUAGGGAUUCGAGGUAAGAACUUUACCAAGCGAACCAAGCAUUGCUUGGUCUUAACUCCUAAUAGGCUCUAAUUACUCCCUCCAUCACCCAAUAGAUUUCCCAUUCUCCAAUGCAUGUUUGCUUAUCCACGUUUUGUAUUGUUAAUAUCUUUAAUUAAAUAUUAGUAAAAAUUAUAAAAGUUUGAUUUUUCUAAUGUAAGCAAUGAGACAAGUUAAACAAGACCCCACAUGACUUUUUUUUCUUGUAUAUUUGAAUUUUUAGAAGGAUUUCUAUACCUAUGAAUAGUUCCCAAAUUAGAAAUAGGAAAUCUAUAAAGGGAUGGACGGAGUACAUGGUAAUUCGAACCCCUUCAAUGUAUAAUAAUGAUGGUUUCUAAACUGAUUAUCAUGGCAGAUAAACAUGGUACAUGGAGGCCAUUUGGAAUUGAGGUGUUCCCCACAUGAAAAAUCUGCCAGACCUGAAUAAGUUGUACAUAAUACAUCUAUUCAGCCAAGCACCCUAUCUAAUCCUAUUUUGUUAUCUUCCUCGUCUCACCACCACACAUUUAUGAAGGGAUUUUGGAGGACAUCCUUCAUUUGACAUAUUAGUCCCUUUUUCAUUAUCAUCAUUCCCCACUAAGAUGUGACACUUACACUGGAUACCCAUAUGGGUAAUUUCAUUAGUUUGAUGAUUGUGAAUUAUAAAAAUUAUCAGAUCUCCUCUUAGCAGUUAAAGCUUCUGCUGUUAUAAAACAGGUUCAGUGCAGGUUUUGCACGGAGAAGGUGAAAACAAAGAGAGGGUAAGAAAAAUAGUACUCAGAAAUGAAGCAGAAAUUAUGCUUACUUGUUUGAUUGAGUGACUCUUUUCACCACACCACCUUUUUGGGGUGAAAGUUGGAGUUUACUUUGUCUCCUUUACUGCCAUACUGGUACUUUUAUGGCCUUAUAUAGUUAUAUUAUAAAAUUGUUUUGAUGAAAGUAUGAUAGUAAAGGGUUUCAAAUCCUUUUCAUGAUGGUACUUGAUCAAGAAGAAGCUGCAAUGCCCACUGUUGACAUGUCCUCUAAGAAAAAGGAGUUGCUCACUUCUGCCAUGAAAAGAACUAGUGAAUGGAUUAUCUCCCAGGAAAUUCCUAGUGAUGUUACCAUUAAUAUUGAUGAUGCUUCCUUUUCUUUGCACAAGUUCCCAUUAGUAUCAAAGUCUGGAUACAUCAAGAAAUUGUUAUCAGAAUCAAAUGAUUCCGAAAUCUGCAACCUUGAAAUCCAUGACAUUCCGGGAGGAGCAGAAGCGUUUGAACUUGCAGCAAAGUUCUGCUAUGGCAUAAACUUCGAGAUAUGCACAGAAAACAUUGCAAUGCUUCGAUGUGUAGCUGAGUAUCUCGAAAUGACAGAAGAUUAUGCUGUAGGAAACCUUGUAGGGAGAACUGAAACGUACUUAAAUGAAGUAGCAGUAAAAAGCCUUUCAUCCUGUGCCUCAAUUCUUCUUACAUCAGAAAACUUGCUUCCUAUGGCAGAGCAAGUCAAGGUUGUGAGUCGUUGCGUUGAUGCUAUAGCUUAUCUAGCUUGCAAAGAUGGCCAAUUUUCGGGGUCAAGUAGGGUGGAAGGUGGCAACAUUGAAGGCGGAAGCUCUUCAUUAGUUCCUCAGCAAAAACCCAUUGUCGAAUUUUGGUGGGCUGAAGAUUUAACUGUGCUUAGAAUUGAUAUGUUUCAAAGAAUUUUGAUAGCAAUGACAGCCAGAGGAUUUAAGCAAUUUGCUCUUGGUCCAUUACUUAUGCUCUAUGCUCAGAAGUCUCUUAGAGGUUUGGAAGUGGUUGGUAAGGGGAGGAAGAAAUUGGAGCCCAAGCAAGAACAUGAGAAGAGGGUAAUCUUAGAGACAUUAGUGAGCCUUCUUCCAAGGGAGAGAAAUGUAUUAUCAGUUAGUUUCUUGGUGAUGUUGCUUCGUUCUUCAAUAUGGCUCGAGACAACAGUUGCCUGCCGCCUUGAUCUGGAGAAAAGGAUGGCCUUACAACUUGGUCAGGCAGUCCUAGAUGAUCUUUUGAUACCUUCAUAUUUUUUCACCGGGGAUACCUUGUUUGAUGUGGAUUCAGUAAGGAGGAUCUUGAUGAACUACCUUGAGAGUGAAGUGGAUGGAAAUCAUCUGGGCUAUGGUGCAGGGGAAGAACAUGUUUCUACUUCAACAAAUGACUUGGAAAGAGUAGGGAAGUUGAUGGAGAAUUACUUGGCUGAGAUUGCUUCGGACAGAAACUUGACUGUUACUAAGUUUAUUGGUGUAGCUGAGGUUAUUCCUGAACAAGCUAGGGUUACUGAGGAUGGGAUGUAUAGAGCUAUUGAUAUUUUCCUCAAGGCUCAUCCCCUUCUGAGUGACUUGGAGAAAAAGAAAGUAUGCAGCUUGAUGGAUUGCCAGAAGCUAUCACGAGAGGCAUGUGCUCAUGCAGCUCAAAACGAUCGUCUACCUGUUCAAACAGUCGUUCAAGUGCUUUACUAUGAGCAGCAACGCCUUCGUGAAUCCAUGAAUGAAACUACUGGUAGUCCUAACUCUUCUGCAGGCGCCGUUGUACCAACUAAAACUCUAAACUUAUACACCACCAACACGCCCUCCGCAGAAGAGCUCUUGAAGGUGAUGAGAGAAAAUGAAGAGCUUAAAGUCGAGCUUCUGAAACUGAAAAUGAAGUUGAAGGAAUAUGAAAAACCUAGAAAUAUGAUUGAAAAUAAUAGCAAUAGUAAUAAUAUUACAUCUGUUACUAGUAGUCCUGCAAAAAGUGUUGCAUCUACCGUUGAUCAGAAGCCGCCAUUGCCAAGGAAGUCUUUUAUGAACUCUGUUAAGAAAUUGGGCCGGCUUCUUGUCCCCGCCGAUGGAGUACUUACACCUCCUCGCCGUGCUAAGACUAGUAAAGGUCGCCGUCAUUCCAUCUCUUGAAUUUGAAGCUCUUGAUUUAGGACUUUCUUUUUGGUAAUGUACAGUUUGAGGUUAUUGAUCAUUUAGUCCUUCUGAGGAUUGGAAAAAAACUGCACUUUCUUCUUUUCAACUUCUCUUUGCUAAAUUUAUUUGUGUGAUAUAUGUUAUUUGUAUAUUUUUGUGGACAAUUCAUCUUACAUUUAUAGACUUUGUAUAAUGGAAUACUUUAGUAUUGCUUA